GCAAUGUGCUUCUAGAAUUCCUUGGCACUUGUAUUUCCAUCUUCCAAUUUCAUCAUGCAGCUGCUAGCGUUUGUGUCCAUUAUUGCCUUUUCCAGUCUGGCCACUGCAGAUGUAGUUAUAGUACAGCAGUGUUCUGACGGUCCACUGCCAGCAUCGGUGGAUGUGAUCGGAUGUGCGGCAUCGCCGUGCGAAUUGCAGAAGGGAAAGGAUUCGACAGUGUUGGUCGACUUUAAGGCAGAUCGACAAUUGGUAUCACUUGUGCCAAAGAUACAAACAAUCUUUGCUGGAGCAACGAUACCUUUCGAGCUGCCGGAUGAUCAGAAAGAUGCAUGCAAGUCGCUCAUCGGAGGCAUGUGUCCUGUAUCCCAAGAUGAGGAUGUGACGUACCAGCUGCGCAUACCAGUGCUGGCAAGUUAUCCUUCCAUAACGUUGACGGUGGAACUGAAGCUAGUUGAUCAGGAUGAUACGGCUGUUACCUGCUUCCAGCUAGCAGCGAAGGUGGUCUAAAGUAUACACUGUCUGUUACAAUAAUGUUUUUGCGUGAAGUACGUAUACUCGGCGUUCUACAGUUAUUGAACAUUGAGCAAAAAAGUGUCAAAUCGUAUGGAAAAUGUUAAUCGAAAACAUUUCGCAUACGAUUUGACACUUUUUCUCUCAAUAUUCAAUAUCUGUAGAGCGCCGGGAUAGAAAAGAUGAAUAAAUCAAUUACUUUAGAACACUA